AUGGAACUCUCGCCAGCUUUCUCGAUUACCAGCGACAUGACCGAUGAGGAGCUGGACCUCUACUUUGCAUCCUGCGGCUCUCUCUCCAACCUGCCAACCCCUCCCCCAGCUAAGGAGCACACGACCAUCGGGAAGUCAACAUCAGCUUCGUCAGACUUACAAGAAUUUGCUCCUGAACAACACGGUAAGUUUUCCAACAAUUCAACAUCGCACAAUUACACAUGCAACAUUUCCACACAAGCGACCCAUCUUGCCAACCUCGUAUUGUUGAAUGCCUCCACAAUUCGACCUUCUGUGCCUGGCAUCCGCGGGAUUCUGGAACGAUCAUAUCUGCAAGACGAGGUUGUGGCCUUCGCUGCCUGUAUCCUUGACACACUUUCGUACCGCUUCGCUGCGACGUGGCGGGAAACCCUGCUGCCCCCAGAUAUACUUGUCCUCGCUGCCCUGUCUCUCGCACAUGGUUUCUUCAGCGAUACUCGUCGUUCAGCCCACUACUGGGCAGUAGGCAUAAGUCGUGACCAGUUCACUAUUCAGGAGCUUGAAGCCACCAAGCGUUCGAUCCUUCACGACAUGGAUUACGGUCUUUGUCGUAUCACUGAGGGCAUGAUGGAGAGCAUGCUGCGAGACAUGCAGCGUACCAGGCCAGCAAGCCUGGCCAGCGAGACUGACACUAUCAAAGCCGACCGUCGUCGAAAUUUUUCCAUUGAUCUGUCGGGCACAGCAAUGUGGAAGAAUGGCGUCCAGACACCGGAGCCUAGUCCUUAG